GUCCUCUGACGGAGGUCUUCGCUAUACGGGGUGGUCGCACUCUACUACCAUGUGACGUCACACCCUCUACACCAGGGGACGCUCCUAUCCUCGUGCUCUUCUACAACGGAGCCACCGGCCUUCCUAUAUACAGUAUCGACGCCCGCUCGGGACCGCUCGGGAGGUCGAUCCACUGGUCGGGGAUGGGAGGUCGAGCACACUUCGACUUGGUCUCAACGCCUUCGGGGCUGGUCAUCGACGAUGUGGACUCGCAGGAUCGCGGCCUUUACCGCUGCAGGGUCGACUUCAGGGCCUCCCCCACCAGGAACGUCAGGGUGGAGCUUCUGGUGGUGGUACCACCGAGGCGGGUCACCAUCCUUGCGGAGGACGGAAGAGAGGUCACGGGGGUCAUCGGUCCUUACCCUCUAGGUGGACUGCUCACUCUCACCUGUCAGGUCACAGAAGGGUCUCCUCGGCCGUGGGUAGCCUGGUGGCACGAGGGGUCACUGCUGGACGAAGUCGUCGAGGAGGUCAAAGGUCAGAUAUCACGGAACGUGUUGAGCUUGCCCAACCUGAGUCGACAGCACCUGUACCGAGUCCUCACCUGCAUGACCAACAACUCUAAUCUGACCAUGUCGUUAGCGGCCACCGUCACUCUCGACAUGAGCUUUCCACCGUUGGAGGUGUCUAUCCUGGAGAAGAACGAGCCGCUGACGGAGGGGCUGAGGUACUCCCUGGCGUGUGAGGCCAGGGGCUCCAGGCCCCCAGCCGUCCUCACCUGGUGGAUUGAUGGCAUGUUGAUGACCGAUACCAAGCAUCAGGUGACGCAGGAGGGACAGGUGAGCAGGUCGACCCUCCACCUCGUCCCCAGCAGGAGCAACAACGGCGCUGUGGUCUCCUGCAGGGCUGACAACCCGCGCUUGGAGGCAGCUGCCCUGGAGGACUCUCGCAAGCUUAUUGUCUAUU